CUUGGGGAAAAAAUGUUGCACUUCCAGACUGUUUGCGAUUUACUGGAAAAAGUACAGUCUGCGUCAGGGCACAAAAAGAAAUUGGAAAUUUUGAAAGAAGGAUUUGCCAAAUUUAGAGAGGAUACCGGCUUCAAUAUUCAAAGUAACUUUGAAAAGUUCUAUCAGGGGAUCAGACUGAUUGUUCCCGAAAUGGACCAUGGGAGGAAAACAUACAAUAUGAAAGAGCAUAAAAUUAGUAGAGCAAUUAUCAAAAUGUUGAAUCUGGGUGAAGGAAAUGAUAAGAAGAAUUUACUCAGUUUUAGUGAAGUACUUAAUAUAGAUUUCGCUGAUGCUGUACAUUCAAUUAUGAGAAAAUAUAUUUCUAAAAAACUUACAUGUGUUACUGUCGAUGAAUUGAACAAUGAUCUGGAUCUGAUAGCCAACCGUGAUACAGAUACAAAAUUAGAUGAACUUAUGUUGAAAAUGUUUAGGAAACUGAACAAUACAGAAAGUAAAUGGAUCAUUCGAAUCAUAUUGAAGAAAUUGAAGCUAGGUAUCGAUAAUAACAAAAUACUCAAUGCAUUCCACCCUGACGCUGUUGAAUAUUACAAAUCGAACAAUAAUUUAAAAAAAGUAUGCGAAAUACUUUGGGAACCCACAGUUAAACUGAGUGAAUUAAAUUUGACUAUUUUUGAGUCUUUCCAACCAAUGCUCUCAAAGAGAAGCGAUGUAGGAUCUUUCAUUAGGGACUUUUCAGAAAAUAAAACCUAUUUUGUAGAGACUAAAUUUGAUGGUGAAAGGUUCCAGCUGCAUAUGAAAGAAGGACAGUUCAAAUAUUUCUCAAGAAAUGGUUUUGAUUUCACAAACGAAUUUGGAGAAAAUUUCAUAAGUGGUACUUUGACUCAAUACUUGAAAAAUGUUUUCCACCAUAAUAUAAAGAGUGUUAUAUUGGAUGGGGAAAUGAUGCUAUGGCACAAGAAAAAGAGAAAAUUUGGGUCAAAAGGAAUGACUCUUGAUGUUAAAAAACUAAAAGUAACAAAUGAAUAUUAUCGACCUUGUUUUUGUGUUUUUGAUAUUCUGCUACUUAAUGAUACAAUUCUGACCAAUGAAGAGUUGACACACAGAUUAAAACUCUUACGUGAAACAGUAAAAAGAAAUAUCGAGGGAACCAUUAUUUUAAGCGACUAUCAAGAAGCCAACAGCCGACAAGGUAUUAUCGAUAUCUUGAAUAAAUCGAUGGACACUGAACAAGAAGGGAUUGUCGUCAAAGAUCCAAAAUCAAUUUACAAAUAUAAAGAUCGAAAAAGUGGUUGGUAUAAAAUAAAAAUGGAGUAUUUUGAAGAUGGGGUUACUGAUUUGGAUUUAAUAUUGAUGGGAGGUUACUACAGGACAAAUUCCGAUGAAUUAACAUCUUUUCUUGUUGGAGUAUUCUCGAAUGAUAAAGAUAAAAGUGUUUUGUCCUUUGGUAAAGUUUCCAGUGGAUUAAAUUUUGAAGAACUGGAUAUUGUGAAUAAAAGAUUUUCCGAUCUCGGUGUUUCCAGAGCUGAAUUGGAUAAGAGUAAAGGAAAAUUGAUCUUUGGUAAGGACAUUCCAGAUGUUUGGUUGGAACCUGAGAACAGCUUGAUUUUCACAAUUCGGGCAACAGAAUUGGUAAGAUGUAGUAAUGAAUCAUUUCGAACUUCCUACACUAUACGUUUUCCAAGGAUUUUGAAAAUCAGGGAAGACAAGCCGUAUGAAGAUUGCUUGUCAGUGAAUGAAUUAUUAGAGCUUUGUCAGAAAAACAAAGCCGUUAUUAAACUUAAUAAAAGACAUUUGGAGCUGGACGACGUUCUCAAGGCAAAAAAAAAGAGAAAAACAACAGUUAUUGAUGUUGAUAGAGAAACCCUGCAGAGAACUGGAAACUUUUUGAGUUCGAUGAAGAUUUUUGUCAUUACUGGAAAUGAAGAACUUGCAAUUGGGAAAAUAGAGGACCUAAUACUGAGAUUUGGAGGUACCAUCUGCCUCCAAAUAGAGGAAGGUGUUCAAAUAGUGCUUGUUGGAACAAUCACACCAAAAGUAACAGAAUUGCUGAAAAAAGAUAACAAAUUUGAUGUUGUGAAAGUAGAAUGGUUACAAAGGGUAACUAAUGCCAAGCGCUUGUUGAAAUAUAAACAAGAUGAAGUUUUGCAUAUAGGAACAAGUUUCUACAACUCACUAGCUGAUGAUGUGGACAUGUAUGGCGACUCUUUCACAGAAGUUGUAAACUCAGAAUCUUUACGAAGUAGACUGAGUUAUAUGGCUGAACAAGAAAAUUUCAUAAAUCUCAACAACACAAUCAUAUUUAAGCCAGAUUUACCGAUGUUCAAUAAGUUCAUUGCAUAUUUCGACACUCAUGAAACUAUAAACGAUUCCCACUCAGAACUUAUCUAUAAUUCAUUUCUCGAUGAAAUUGAAUUCAAAUAUCGGUUGGGAACUGUGACCAAUAUUUUGAAUUCAUCAAUCAAUCUGAUCGUUAUUGGACCAAGAAAUGAAAACAGAAAACAACAGCUGGAGAAUUAUGCUAAGAGUGUUAAUUGUACUUGUUUUCAAGUAGUUUGCAAUUCUCAAUUAUACAGUGAAGAAGAGUUUUGAUGAUUUAUUUUGUUCAGUAAUGAAUAUAGUUUUAUUGGCUGUGAAAAAUAUAAGCAUAUAUUAUGAUCCCACAUUUUUUUUUAAAACAACAUCUUUACCACCAACUCACCAAUUAGUGACUUGAAUUCAUAAAAAUGUGUAUGAGCAUAGGAAGCAAUAGUUAUCACAAAAUAUUGAUUGAAACAGAAUUUUCUUAAAAUGAUUUAUUCAAGUAAUAUUUUUCUUUUACUUCUGCUGAGCUUCUUUCUCCAAUUUCAUAAAGGAACUAGGUAUAACUUGAAAAGUACUCUAUUCCACAGGUCUUCCGUUCUAGCAAUUGCAGUUUAAGAGCUCGAUUUUCUUUUCCUACAAAACACAGUAUUAGUUUUCUUUGUAACAAGAACUAAUUUGUCACAGGUAAUAGAGACCUGAAAUGGAAAAAGAUAAUUUAAAUUAAUACACUUUAAUUUCCUGAAAAUAAACCAUUUCAGUAAAUUGUGAUAUGAACCAUAUCAAUGGAGAAAAUUCUAGAUAUGUUAUAAAAAGUAUGAGAACAAUAUUUUCUCUCAAAUAUAAUAAGGGCAGGAAAUAAUGAUCAAAGUUUUUAUUAACAGAAAGGAAAAUAUAGAGAAAGAAACUAUAUUUUAAAUUACAUUUAUUAGGAAAGUAAAAAAGUUCACUUGUAACAUAUAUAUAGCUCAAUUUCUUUUGGAACAGAUUAAUCACACACAUUACAAGUAUUGAAUUAAAAUCAGGAGUGGAACAUUUCAAGAUCAAAAAUUUAUUUGAAAAAGGAAAAUACUGAUAACUUUCUGUAAAAGUUUUGUACUCUAUGAAUACAGAUUAUAGUAAUUUGUAGGUUUCAACAAAUCCGUACAAAUUUGUUAAGUGUUUUUGAUUACUAUUAUCGAGAUUUUCCUUGAACCUUCAGUUGUUUGCCUUGAAUAUGUGGCACUUAUUGCAACUUUUUUUAAAGCUACCGAUAUUACCAUCAGCAAGGUACAACAAAUAUAAAUAAUUACAAAAGUUCAUAAUGAACUGAGAGUCUACAGUUUUCUGGACCAUUAGACUUAUUGCAAAAAAAGAUUAAUUUUACAAAACGUUUGCAAGAAUACAGGCUCUGGAAUAAGGUUUUUCAAACCUCAGUACUCCACCACUAGAGAGAUCAUGAAUUGUGAGUUUUUCAACUAAUUACUCAUAGGUAUGUAAAUACAAUUAGAUUUUGAUGAAUAUUAUACUGGUUCAUAAUUAGCCUAAACUGCGAUUAAUUAUUCGUUAAAAACAUUACAUGAAUUUGAUUAUGAAUACUUGAAUGAUUUAAAAUUAUACAAAUAUAUAAUUAACUCAUAUCAGACUAGAACAAGCGAAUGCAAUUACAUAUAAUAGGAUUCAUGAAUUUUCUCAUGACAGAUACUAAUGAAGUGCACAGAUUCUGUAAAGAGUUUGAAAAACAAAUGAAAGUUUUAACCAGAUGCGAAUUUGUUUUGAAAAAUAAAAAGUGGAUAUGGAGAUGAAUUUACAAUGUUAAAAUAUAUUUUUUGUUUUCAAUAUGAAAUAAAUAAAACAUCACAAUUUGUUGACUUACCAACAAUUCAACUUAAAAUUAAAUUUUCAUCGAAGAAAUACAUUGAACAAAUCUUAUUACCUCUCGUCACGAAUUCUGGGAGAUUAUUGCAUCAAUUCCAAAACCCAAAUAUAACACUGAUAUAUGAAUUUACUGAAUACUUUUGGUAACUUUGUUUGAAACUUGAAAAUUCUUAAAAACAACGCGCCAAUAAAGUUUCACUUAAAGUUCCAUUCUAAUAACUUCACAAAUGUUUGGUGUAAAAAGUUCACAUAGAUUGAUAUCUGCUGGAAUAUUUGUGGCUCCCUACUGUCGUUUUCAUUUUAAAAUAUUUCCCACAUA